AGAAAUAGGAAUUUCUGGAUACCUACACACAAUUAUGGUCGGUUCGUUUAAUGACAAGUGUAUCGUUGCUGUUCCUCUUUUUUUUUUGACGAGUUAAGGUGCUCUCGGGUGGUACUCGGUUUUGCUCCGAUUCGCGAAUUAAUUAAAUACGUACGCGGUCGCUUCGUCGCUCCGAAAGUCUUCGCGCUGCGGAGAUCCACUUUCGCGUCCACGAGAACCCCCCCCCUCCCCCUCCCCCCCGUGGUCCACGGCCUCCUCCGACCUCCGGGACAAUUUCACCGGGCGCUCCAGCGAUUUAGAAUUACCGCGGAUUGGCCGAAGUGACGUUUCCCUUUGUUGUGGUCGAGCUUCCGCGUUUCGAGCCGCAAUCAGCUGUUACGGUUUUCGCGAGACUCGCACUCCGGGUAGAGCAUAAUGCUCUAAGCGCCCCUUGCAACUUACGCGAACUGGUCGAGCCGAAUCCUUCGGAGGGCAAUAUGAGUUUCUCGGAGAAGGGGCAGCAGGACAGCAUAUCCAAGGAGGAAUGGAUGUCGAAGCUCGAGGAGAGCUCCUACAUACAGAAGAUGUCCAUGAACAACCUGAUCAUGAAUUAUCUAGUCACAGAAGGAUUCAAGGAAGCCGCCGAGAAGUUCCAGCAGGAGUCGGGGGUAGGUCCGACGGUUGAGCUGAGCUCGCUCGACGACAGGAUCCGUAUUCGGGACGCCAUACAGAACGGCCGUAUCCAGGAGGCGACCGACCUGGUGAAUCAGCUUCAUCCCGAACUGCUGGACAACGACAGAUAUCUCUACUUCCACCUGCAGCAGCUGCACCUGAUCGAACUGAUACGCACGGGCAGAGUCGAGGAGGCGCUCCAGUUCGCCCAGGAUCAGCUCAGCGAGGCCGGCGAGUCGGACGACAACAUACUGUGCGAGCUGGAGCGUACGUUGGCGCUGUUGGCCUUCGACGAGCCGCACAAGAGCCCGUUCAGCGAUCUUCUACAUCCGACGCACCGGCAGAAGAUCGCGAGCGAAUUGAACGCCGCUAUACUGAAGAUGGAGCACAGGGAGUCCACCAGCCCUCGACUCAACAAUCUGUUGAAGAUGAUACUGUGGGCACAGGACGAAUUAGACAAGAAAAAAGUGAAAUAUCCCAAGAUGACCGAUCUAGGUAGUGCCACAAUUGAGGAUACGAAAUAAUUUUAUAGUAGACAGAGACUGGGGAGCGUUUAUCAGUUUUAUUUAUAUAAAUGCGAUAUAAAUGAUAUGUCUUGAAUUCACCUUUAGAUGUAAUUUUGUGUAAAUUGCUGUUUAUUUUGUAGGAGAUUAUAUCCGAAUUUUAAUCUUGUAUAACAAAUUAGAGAGGGAGGGUGGUGCGUAGAACGAUUAAUGUAGAAUGAUCAAUUAUAAUAAGGACUUAAUAAUCAAAUUGAUACAUCAUUGUUACAACUGCUGUAAAGAAAUAGGAAUUAUUAUUGCAAUUUGCAUUUCUUAUGUCUUUCAGACUUUAACAUUGUCAGUAGAGGCAUCCAGCCAGGUUUUUGCAAUAUUAUUUAUUAGGAAUAUACACGCAAUACCACGCGCAAAUGAAGAUUUACAUGUGACUCCGGCUGUACAGCCGUCCUAUAUAAUUGUAAAGAUACAUACAAAUAUAACAUGUGAUAAUAUUA